UUUACGGCAGUGUGGCAGGAGGCACAUGUGUUUCCAGAGUCAACAGCGUGCUCGUUGAUAGUCCAACCGGGCACAUUUAAAGGAUCUUUAUCAUGUCAUUCCGCGGGGGUGGUGGUCGAGGAGGGGGUCGUGGCGGUGGUUUUAACAGAGGUGGUGGUCGUGGAGGUGGAUUCGGAGGGGGUCGUGGAGGUGGAUUCGGAGGGGGUCGUGGAGGUGGAUUCGGAGGGGGUCGAGGAGGUGGAGGUCGAGGUGGAUUUAACAGAUAUCAAGACUUUGGUCCACCGGAACAUGUUAUCGCUGUGGGAGAGUUCCUGCACCCCUGUGAGGAUGAAAUUGUCUGUAAAUGUGUGACGGAGGAAAACAAAGUCCCCUACUUCAACGCUCCUAUAUAUCUAGAAAACAAAGAACAGAUUGGAAAAGUGGAUGAGAUCUUUGGCCAGAUUCGUGAUUUUUAUUUUUCAGUCAAACUUUCUGAAAAUAUGAAGGCAUCCUCCUUCAAAAAGUUACAGAAGUUCUACAUCGACCCCAUGAAGCUGCUGCCCCUGCAGAGAUUCCUCCCCAGGCCCCCGGGUGAGAAGGGGCCGCCCCGUGGAGGUAGAGGAGGAGGAAGAGGUGGAAGAGGAGGGGGCUUCCGUGGAGGUCGUGGAGGAUUUGGCGGACGUGGAGGUGGCAGAGGUGGUGGUGGGUUCAGAGGAGGCCGAGGUGGAGGCGGUGGACGUGGAUUCAGAGGUGGGAGAUGAUGGACUCAUAGGCUGGGAUCUGUCCCAGGACUGUUAAUUAAUGGCUCUCUUGUACAGCUGAACUUUUUACUUUUUGUAUUAUAAAUGGAUUUUCUCAGCAGUGGAUUUUUUUUUUUGAUCAACUGAUAAGGACUAAUGUUUUAAGCCACGUCUGUGUACAAGAGGACGGGAGUCUCCACAACCUUACGUGGUGUAUCUACUUGCGUUUUUACAUUGGCUGAAGGUUGGACCAGUAUCUACUUGAACAACGUAACCAGUUGUGUUAUGUAGUGACAAAAUGGUGAAGCUAACUCCACAAAUAAUGAUGUAAAACAUUUUCAUUGUUGGAUAAUAAUGGAUGUCUGUAUUUACAGAAUUGCAAAUUGUUUCUGUUGACCUCCAGAUGCCACCAUACACUUCCACAAUAAAAUGCUAAAUUCUCAA